AUGGAAUCUUCUCAACCCAUCGUCAUCUCACCACAAAGUCCUUCCGAGCUUCUAUCAUAUAUCAUAUCCUACCAUAGAUAUCCUUCGACAAUAAUAAUCGGCUCGUCAAAGGAAGAGUUUCAGAGCUCACUCAUUGAGGAGAUCACACACCAUCUCACUCUUCAAGCGGAACAACUACAACUCGAUGAUUCUGGAGACUCAGAAACGCAACCUUCUCAUCAUCUCCUAAAAGCACCGCUCUAUCAAAUAGCCAUAUCCCGUCAUAUUAGGUUUCUAUUUGCGCCAACCGUCACACAUCUACGUGCCUUUCUCUCCGUCUUUACACCAAAGGAUUCACCUAUACCGGCACCACCAAACUACACACCCGCUUCUCGACCACCACUGCUUCUAGUUUACGGACUCCUAGCUCUUCACAGGGACGCAAGCGAAUGGUCUGCACAAGGCAUCGGCAACUCAGCUGCUCUUUUAGUCGAUGCUGCCCUACGAAACGAGUUUAGAGCUGCCGUCAUUGAGCCAAAAGGGAUAGGAGGACACCACACCCUGGAUCACCUUGGAGGAGAGAUGAUACCUCUGUUGAAUGGCACAUCGAGAAGAGACGAUGGAUCAUGGAGUGGGCGGACUGUCAGUGCUAAGCAAGUCCUGAGUCGAUGGUUCGAAUUCGAUAAUCGUGAACAAGAAGGUUGA